UCCACCAGACAUUUCUUCUCCUGCGAAGAACUCAUGAUUUGAAACAAGAAAGAGAGGAAAUUUUCCACCAGUUGCGAUUAAUCAGUGCAAUGAUCCCUUCCCAAGAGAUGUGCAUCCUGUACCAGGAGAGGUCAGGGUAUAUAUUGACCCAACUUUUGUGCAGCAGUACUCGUUUUUGCAGUAAGUACCCCAGCUCUGGUGUGUCUCGCAGCCUCGGUGUUGAUGGUGUUGACAGUGUCGCUGAGUUUCGCCUGGUACAAAAGCCGAGGCAGCAGCAGUAACGAAGAACAAUCGAGCUGCAAAAAUGACGACUGUUUGCCAACCGCUUCCACCAUCAUCAGAAACAACAGAGAAAUUUUCAAGUACUUCAGUGCUGAAGAGGACGAGGACGACGACGUCGACGGCGGGGGAGACAAUUUUGUGUCCGGUGCCAGGAAAAGUUGGGCUCGGAUUUUCACGGGCACUGGCUGUUCUGAAAAGAGAGAGGACCCGACGACGUUUGUGAGUGAGAAUAACAUCCCUGCCAGAGUUUCCCAAGAUGCGGACUCCAAUAAGUUGAAGGAAUCACAACUACGCUUCAAACUUGGGUACGUGGCUGAGACACGGGGCUUUCAGGUGACUGUGGUGAAGUGUUUCGGGUUGCCUGCUGAAGUCUCUGGUGAUUUCUUUGUGCGGGUCGAACUGCAGCCCCUGGGGCUGAAAGGAAGCACGAGGAUUCUGAGAAAUACUCUGAAUCCCGAAUACGACGAGGAGUUCACCUUUUUCGGCGUGAAAAAAGAACUUUUACAGGCGAGUCCUUUUUUGUGGUUGUCGUUGUUGCUCGCCUCAGUUUAUUGCGAGGAAAUGUGGGUCAAUUUGAGAGUGCUGAGCUUUGACCGAUUCUCCAGAGACGUCGUCGUGGGCGAGGUCGUGGUUCCGCUGACGUCUGUCGACUUGGACGCUGUUGACACUCGGGAAUUCACUGUUCCACUUUUAUCCCAGAGAAAGCCAGAGUUGCUGGUCUCACUUGGUUACCAGCCAGCUGCCAGGAGACUGAGUGUGGUUGUCUUGAAGGCCAGACACUUGAUGCUACCUUCUGCAACUUUCCAAGGCCCUUCUGUGGAGGUUUUUCUGAUGUACAAGGAGAAGAGAUUGGAUACCAAGAAGACCAGCAAAGGGAAGCCGCGGCGCACUUCAGGAAACCCAGCUGUUUUUAAUGAAUCAUUUGUGUUUGAUGUGCCUGAGGGCAGCCCUGGGGGAUCCUGUGGGGAUCUGGAUCCCUUGGACCCGGAUUUCAUUGCGCACUGCGUGGAGAAUUUAUCACUCCAUUUCCUGCUUACUAUUAGCUGUUGCUGUGCUGGUGAAAACCAUCAGCAGGCUUUGGGACACUUGGAAAUGGGACUCAGCACAUUUUCUGCCACAGAGGCUGCGUCAGAGCAUUGGCAAGAGGUGUGGAGGUCCCCAAGACGUCAAGUUGCAGAGUGGCACACCCUGAUGGAUCCCCUUUGAAGCUUGAUAUAAAGAACCCAACACUUGAAUGUAAUAUGGUAUGAUGAGAGGGUCGAUCAAAAAUAGGAGAGAGAAAAAAAAAAGAAGAAUAUAAGGAAUAAUAAGAUAUAUGGGAGCACAGAUGUGAGCCGGUGGUGAUGAAAGAGAGGAUGUUACAGCCGUUAUGGACAGAAUCGAUCUCGUGUAUAUAAGUGGGCUUCUGCGAGGAAUACUGAUCUGUAUAAGGCUUUGGCUAAAUUAAUUGGCUUGAAUUGCUGAUGAGUCUUUCUCCUCACGCGAGCAAAAGUAAGACGCUGUAUUUUUCUGACACAUUGUCUUAUUCUGCUGCUGCUCAUCAUCGCCAGAACGUGCGCGUGUCUGAAUUGUAUAUGUUUGCCCCCCGAGGCAUUAAAUGCUGUUCUGCUGUGUGUUCAGGAAAUGCUGCAUGUGCUGCUGGAAUGUGUAUGAAUAAUGAAAGAUGGAUGUCAUUUG